AAUAUUGGUCCACCACCAUAUAAAUUCUUUCCCUUCCUUCAAGAUAGACGAGGUCUAAUUCACUGAAGAUGGCGGAUUGGGGUCCGGUGGUGAUAGCCGUGGUGCUGUUCGUGCUGUUGAGUCCAGGGCUGCUGUUUCAGUUGCCAGGGAAGAACAGGGUGGUAGAGUUUGGGAACUUUCAGACAAGUGGACUGUCCAUUCUUGUCCAUGCCAUCAUCUUCUUUGGUCUCAUCACCAUCUUCCUCAUUGCAAUUGGCGUUCACAUCUACACCGGAUAACUCUUUAAUUACCCCCUUUUGAUUACACCUUCUAUAUAUGUUUGAAAUGUUGUCAUAUUUUUCUAGUAGGAGAUUCCCCUUUUUUUCUUUCUUUUUUGGGUUGUGAUGAAAUAUUUAUUUUUUGUAAACAAUUAAGAGUUACUGAAAAAUUCUAUUGAUAUAUAUAGUGUUUGGUUGUUUGAGCUGGUGUUUAUAAAAGCUUCUAUGGGCU